CGCAGUUGACACUUGCCACGUCUUCAUCGCUGCCAACCAGUGGUGCAUUCUCUCUCUCUCUCGCUCGCCCGAUCUAAAGUAGGCACUCUCAGUGGAACUAGGAAGUGAGACCCCAGAACGAUAGAAGAGAAGCUUAUUUGUUGUUGUUGCUCUAAUUUGGAGAGAUAAGAGUCGCAGCACUUGAGAGAGAGAGAGAGAGAGAGUUUUACAUAGACUUCUUCCAACACAACACAACACAACACCCCCCCACAUUCGAAAAUCAAAUCCGACAAAAAUGAGUUUUCAAGAUCUCCAGAAUGGCACCAAAGCCUCGUCCUCGUCCUCGUCCUCAGCUGGUCGAAUGGCUUCUCAGAAUCCUUCACAAGCAGUGGCCGCUGGCAUAUUCCAGAUCAACACCGCCGUUGCCGGAUUCCGUAGACUUGUCGAUGCUAUCGGCACCCUCAAGGAUACUCCCGAUCACCGUCAGAAGCUGCACAAUACAAGGCAACGGAUAAUGUUGUUGGUGAAGGAAACUUCUGCUAAGCUCAAAUCCCUCAGCGACUCUGACCACGCUACCAAUGUCGAUCCAAGUAAGAGAAUAGAAGAUGCUAAGCUUGCAAGAGAUUUUCAAACUACCUUGCAAGAAUUCCAGAAAAUUCAACAGCUCGCCUCUGAGCGCGAGUCUACAUACUCACCCUUUGCCCAACCAUCUACUAUGAGCACAACCACUAGCUCAGUUGAAUAUCCAGCACCUACAAUGGACCAGGAGAACCAGCCAUUUCUCAUGGAACAGAAAAGGCAAGAGUUAUUACUGCUGGGAAAUGAAAUUGCAUUCAAUGAGGCCAUCAUGGAGGAAAGGGAUCAGGGUAUUAUAGACAUACAAGAUCAAAUUGGUCAAGCAAAUGAAAUAUUUAAGGACUUAGCUGUUCUAGUUCAUGAGCAGGGUGUUGUUAUUGAUGACAUUCACUCAAACAUUGAGGCUUCCUCUGCUGCAUCAACCCAGGCUAGAGUACAGCUAUCUAAAGCUUCCAAAACUGUCAAAUCUAAAUGUUCAUGGUGUUGGUGGGUGCUGGCAAUUUUCGUAGUGGUGUUGGUGAUCGUGUUCAUUGUCUUUAUCAUAUAGCAUGCGAGUACAAGUCUGCAGCUGUAGUGUGAGAUUUGUAGAUGAAACGUGUAGUGGUGCCUAUCCUUUCUAAUUGGUAUCCGUGUGUUGAAUCUUCAUGUUCUCUGUUGAAAAGAGAAAUUAAAAAUAAAACCGGAAAAGAGGGGAAAAGUGUGAUGGAUUUUAAUUUAUUUUAAGAAACAUGUGUUGGAGUGGAUGUUUUCUUUUUGCAGAGCCGGCCCUUUGUCGUGCUGUCCUGAGCAUGAACAAAUAGUGCAUCUGAUGUAUAUUUUAUGUUUGUUUUGGGUUUGAUUGUCAUAAUUGGUGUGAUUGGAACCAGCUCCUAUUGUUCUCCGAUUUGUGAUUUGUGAUUUGUGAUUUAUGAAGAGAAUGUAUUGCUUAGA